UCGUUCUUUAUUAUGGCAGUUACUAUUCUAGCAUAUAAUUGACAAUAUACGUUCUUUGGAUUUGAUAAAAUAUUGUUUUACUUCGUACUUUAAAAAUGGAUGAAGUAAAUACCCUUGAACAUCUUUCACUUGUUUCUAAAAUAUGUACAGAAUUAGAAAAUCAUUUAGGUCUAAAUAAUAAAGAUUUAGCUGAAUUUAUUGUGCAUUUAUCAGAAGAGAAUAGCACAUUUGAUAGCUUUAAAAAAAUACUUAUAAAACAUGGUGCAGAAUUUUCUGAUUCUUUCAUCGCAAAUUUAUUACGAAUAAUUCUACAUAUGAAAUCAAAAAAUUCAAGAUCUAACAGUAAUUCUUCAAAGAUUAAGCAAGAUAACUUGGCUGAUAGGUUUCCAGGUUUAGCCCAACCAAACAAAAAACCUAUUUGUUUGUCAAAUAAUAAUAUUGAUGAACAUAAGAACCAAUUUGAGGUUAAAGAUAUUUGUAUGACAAGUAGUAAUGAAUGUAGAAUUAAUGAUAAAAUUAUUGACAAAAUGUAUUAUGAAAUAGGAAAGAUUCAAAAUAAAUAUGAAAAUAAAGAUAAAAAAAAAACAACAGUUGUGCAUACAUGUUCAAAGCAAGGUAAAAAUCAAGAUAUCCAUAAAGAACAAAUAAGAAAAGUGAGUCUAUGUGAUUUUGAUGAUAGAGAAAAAAUACAUAUUAAAGAUAAAAAUAAACAAAGAAAAAGUUUAAUAGAUUUAUCUAAAACCCAAGAUAAGAAUAUGACGAUAGACAUAAAUAGAGAUAGAAGAGCUAAUAAAAGAAUUAAAUCAAUUGAAAGAUCAACAAAUAGAUCAAGCUCAUGGAAAAGGAACAACACAUUAUAUACUAGUUCACGCAUAAGAGAACCUUACAAAUAUAGUAAUAAAUAUAAAUUUCAAUCGAGAUCACGCUCAUUUUCUAAAUCAAGAUCUAGUUCAUUAGAAGACUUAGCAGUUGAACUAGAAAUUGGCAAAAUUUAUAAUGGCAAAGUUGCAAAUAUAGUACCUUUUGGUUGUUUUAUUCAGUUAGAGGGACUUCGUCGACGCUGGGAAGGUUUAGUACAUAUUUCUCAAUUACGAAGAGAAGGAAGAGUCGCUAGUGCUAGUGAUGUUGUUAUACGUGGUCAGAAAGUUUUAGUAAAAGUUCUUAGUAUUAUUGGUCAAAAGGUAUCACUAAGCAUGAAAGAUGUUGAUCAAAAAAAUGGACGAGAUUUAAAUCCUAUUAUAGCAUCAAUUAAAUCAGAGGAUGACGAACAAUUUUUACGUAAUCCAGAUCGACCAACAUCACUUCUUGAAUAUCAAAGUAACAUUGAUGAAGAUGAAACAUGCUCUAGAAAAAGAGUACAAAGAUUAUCGUCUCCAGAAAAAUGGGAAAUCAAGCAAAUGUUAGCAGCAUCAUGUAUUGAACGAAGUGAAUUACCUGAAUUUGAUACUGAAACUGGUAUUUUGCCCCGAGAAGAUAAUGAAGAAGAAGAUGUUGAAAUUGAAUUAGUUGAAGAAGAACCUCCCUUUCUUAAUGGACAUGGUAGAGCUUUAGGUGACUUAAGCCCUGUUAGAAUUGUAAAAAAUCCUGAUGGUUCACUUGCUCAAGCAGCAAUGAUGCAGAGUGCACUUGCUAAAGAACGCCGUGAGCAAAAAAUGCUUCAAAGAGAACAAGAAAUGGAUUCUCUUCCAACUGGUCAAAAUAAAAGUUGGAUCGAUCCACUUCCUGAGGAAAAUUAUAAAUCGACAUCAAAUAUGCGUGGAAUUGGCCUUCAAAUGCAAGAUUUACCAGAAUGGAAAAAACAUGUAAUAGGUGGUAAAAAAAGUAGUUUUGGAAAGAAAACUAAUCUUACUUUAGUAGAACAACGUCAAAGUUUACCAAUUUAUAAAUUACGAGACGACCUUAUAAAAGCUGUAACAGAUAAUCAAAUUUUAAUUGUAAUUGGAGAAACUGGCUCUGGUAAAACAACACAAAUUACACAAUAUUUAUCAGAAUCAAAUUUUACUGCAAGAGGAAAAAUUGGUUGCACGCAACCAAGACGAGUCGCUGCUAUGUCUGUAGCAAACAGAGUAGCUGAAGAAUUCGGAUGUCGACUGGGUCAAGAAGUCGGUUACACUAUUAGGUUCGAAGACUGCACUGGUCCUGAAACUAUUAUUAAGUAUAUGACAGAUGGCAUGUUACUAAGAGAAUGCUUGAUGGAUUUCGAUUUAAAAACCUAUUCCGUUAUUAUGCUCGAUGAAGCUCAUGAGCGUACCAUUCACACUGAUGUAUUAUUUGGACUGUUAAAACAAGCGGUAGGAAGAAGACCAGAAUUAAAAUUAAUCGUAACUAGUGCAACAUUAGAUGCAGUAAAAUUUUCGCAAUAUUUUUUCGAAGCUCCAAUAUUCACAAUACCUGGUCGAACAUUUGAAGUUGAGGUAAUGUACACAAAGGAGCCUGAAACAGAUUAUUUAGAUGCUGCACUUAUAACAGUAAUGCAAAUUCACCUUCGAGAACCACCUGGUGAUAUAUUAUUAUUUCUUACUGGACAGGAGGAAAUUGAUACAGCGUGUGAAAUUCUUUAUGAGCGUAUGAAAUCACUUGGACCUGAUGUACCAGAAUUAAUAAUCCUUCCAGUUUACUCAGCUUUACCAUCAGAAAUGCAAACAAGAAUUUUUGAACCAGCACCACCAGGAUCACGCAAAGUGGUUAUUGCAACAAACAUUGCGGAAACAAGUUUGACAAUUGAUGGUAUCUAUUAUGUAGUUGAUCCAGGAUUUGUUAAGCAAAAGGUUUAUAAUUCGAAAACUGGAAUGGAUAGUCUUAUUGUUACUCCUAUUAGCCAGGCAGCAGCUAAACAAAGAGCUGGACGUGCUGGUAGAACUGGACCUGGUAAAUGCUAUAGAUUAUAUACGGAAAGAGCAUACAGAGAUGAGAUGCUGCCAACACCAGUUCCAGAAAUCCAACGUACAAAUUUAGCAACAACUGUGCUACAAUUAAAAACAAUGGGUAUUAAUGACUUGUUACACUUUGAUUUUAUGGAUGCCCCACCUGUUGAAUCUCUUAUAAUGGCUUUAGAAUCAUUACAUAGCCUUAGUGCUCUUGAUGAUGAAGGUCUUUUAACUCGUCUUGGUAGGAGAAUGGCUGAGUUCCCCUUAGAACCAAAUUUAUCCAAAAUGCUUAUUAUGAGUGUUCAUUUACAAUGUUCUGAUGAAAUUUUAACAAUAGUCAGUAUGUUAUCCGUUCAAAAUGUUUUUUAUAGACCAAAAGAUAAGCAAUCUUUAGCUGAUCAAAAAAAGGCUAAAUUUAAUCAAGCAGAAGGUGAUCAUUUAACAUUACUUGCUGUUUACAAUUCAUGGAGAAAUAAUAAAUUUAGUAAUGCUUGGUGCUAUGAAAAUUUUGUACAAAUACGAACUCUUAAAAGAGCCCAAGAUGUUCGUAAACAGUUAUUGGGUAUUAUGGAUAGACACAAACUUGCAGGAAAAAAUAUUGUUCGAAUACAAAAAGCUGUAUGUUCUGGUUUUUUUAGAAAUGCUGCUAAAAAAGAUCCACAAGAAGGAUAUCGUACUCUUGUUGAUAGUCAAGUUGUAUAUAUUCAUCCAAGUAGCGCUCUUUUUAAUAGACAACCUGAAUGGGUAAUAUACCAUGAAUUAGUACAAACAACAAAAGAAUAUAUGAGAGAGGUGACAACAAUUGAUCCAAAAUGGCUUGUUGAAUUCGCACCAGCAUUUUUUAAAUUUAGUGAUCCUACAAAAUUAAGUAAAUUUAAAAAAAAUCAACGACUUGAGCCACUAUAUAAUAAAUAUGAAGAACCAAAUGCUUGGAGAAUUUCUCGUGUUAGAAGACGCAGAAAUUAAAAUUUAUUAGACAAUUUUAUAUAUAAUUAAUUAAAUUAACAUAAAUUAUAAUAAA